CUGCGUCAGGGUGGACAGUAACUGUAAAGUGAAAGUAAGUUAAGGAAAAAACAACAAACGCACACGGAAGACUCGGAUCGAUUUCUCUCUGCAUGUGUUAAAAAGCUGGCGUCAGAAACAGUUUCUGCAGACAAUGGCGUUGUGGACGCAGAUGACCCAGCAAUUACAGCACCUGACAACCCAGAUGCUGAAUGAGCUCUAUCCAGAAACAUUUCCUCUGGACAUCAGGCACUACCUGGCCAGCUGGAUAGAGGAACAGGGAUGGGAGAACUUUGACGUAGACAAUGUGGAACAGGAGCCGCAGGCCCGAAUGCUAUUGGAGCAGAUGAUGCGUUUGCUGCAGGAUGUGGCCUUACAAAACCCUAAUGUGGUGGAGAGGGUCAAGCUACAGCAUAUCAGCAGGAACUUGUGCAUAUUUCAACCACAGCCUCUGGAUCUGGUGAGGACAGUACGAGACAUGCUGAGGAAAGAAAAAAAAGUAUUGUUGUCACGGGCGGGAAUGCAUCCUAACUUUCAGCACCAGCCCAUGCAUCAGGGUACUUUAGCUUCCAACAACACCGUCCAACUUCCAAGAGAUGAUCCUAAAAUUGACGUGGACAAACUGGUGCUGAAAGUUUUAGAAAUUCAGAACUGCCGUCAAACUCUUUACCAGCUGCAGGAGGAGUUGAACUGGGAAAAACAAGAAGCUGAGUCUGCCCCAGGACAAAACGAAAUGGAUCCUCAGAAUUCGGAUAAAGUCGCCCGACAAAACCGCAUAAAGCAACUUGAGUUCAACUGUUCCAUCUGUGUAAAGAAGCGUCUGCAGCUCCUCCAGGAAGCUGUUUGUGCCCUGGAACAUUGCCAGUCAUGUCUUAUGCACAGAAUUAAGUCGUGGAGAUGGGAACAGCACAGAGCAACCAUUGGCUUGCAUUUCGAUGACAACCUCGGCCCUCUGCAGACGUGGUGUGAGCAGUUGCUCGGGGUGAAUGGAAAUCUAAGACAGGAGGUCAUGCUGGUGAAGGAAGAUCACAGAGGGGAUUUAGAGUUUCACACGCUGGAGGAAAGUCUGGAACAUCUUCUCCAAACUCUCAUACAGAGUUCUUUGUUGGUGGAUAAGCAGCCUCCGCAGGUGAUUAAAACUCAAUCCAAAUUUUCCACCACCGUGAGGUAUCUGCUGGGAGAGAAGAUCGCCCCUGGAAAGCCCGUCCUGUUGAAAGCUCAGAUUAUUACUGAGGCGCAAGCGAGGAACUUGGGUCAACAAGGAAUAGUACCCAAUGAAAAUGUAGGAGACCUUAUCAACAGCACGGCUAUAUUAGAACACAACACUUCCAGCAAGAGCACGUGUGCCACUUUCAGGAACAUGUCGAUAAGGAAGAUUAAACGGGCUGACAGGAAGGGAUCAGAAUCUGUGACAGAGGAAAAGUUUGCUCUGCUGUUCACCACAGAGUUAACCAUCACAGGCUGCGAGAAGCCGUAUACCAUUCAGACAAUCUCUCUUCCUGUGGUAGUUAUUGUACACGGUAGUCAGGAAAUUAAUGCCAUGGCAACCGUCGUAUGGGACUGUGCCUUCUCCGAGCCUAACAGAAUACCGUUCGUCGUACCCGAACGUGUGCCCUGGAAGCAGAUGUGUGAUGCUCUGAGCAGUAAAUUCAUGUCUGAGGUGCAGACGGACCGUGCGUUGGACAGAUAUAAUCUUCACUUUCUUGCCCAGAAGAUCUUUGACCAACCAGACAUCUCGGAGGAUUAUAGCAACAUGCCCGUGUCCUGGGCUCAGUUUAACAAGGAAGUUCUGCCUGGUCGAAACUUCACCUUCUGGCAGUGGUUCGAGGGGGUGAUGGAUCUCACAAAGAAAUGCCUGAAAGAAUAUUGGAGCGAAGGAUUGAUCUUUGGCUUCAUUGGCAAACAACACCUCCAUGUCAUUCUGCAGAACAAACCCCACGGAAUUUUUCUUCUACGCUUUAGCGAUUCAGAGAUUGGUGGCAUCACCAUCGCCUACGUAGGUCCCGGUGAUAAUGGAGGCAGGAGAAUCCAGAAUAUCCAACCCUUUACCAAGAAGGAUUUGGACUCAGUUGGACUCGGUGAUCGUAUACUAGAUAUUAACUGCAUCACUCAUGUGUAUCCUGACUUGCCAAAACAGGAAGUAUUUAAGAAGUUUUUUACAGCGCCCUCUACACCUCACCCGGAUGGAUACCUGCCAUUUAAGCUAACAACAGUAGUAAACCCAGGAGAUCCUAGCACCUCAAGCCAAAACAUGCCACCUCAGGCUGACCCCUCAUCGGGGAUUUACAACAUGGGCUCUCCCUUCCAUAACAUGAACCCGGAAAUGUUCCCAUCACAUUCCAGUCGUGCUACACCUCCAUACAUGCCAGACCACACCAUGUCUGUUCCAGAAUCAAUCUUCACAUCAACCAUACAAUCAAAUCCCGUGGAUAUGGAGGACAUGGAUCCGAUGGACAUGAUCUUGCAAAUUUGUCAAUAGACUUAUUCUUCACCUCCUAUUGGCUAUAGGCUAUCACAUUGCUUGGUGCUCCAUCCAAUGCAAACUUGUCUUACCAAGGUCCCAAAAGGAAAUGAUAAUCUUGUCUAUAUGCAUGUUAGCUACAAGUAUCUAAACAGGCGGAUCUAUAAUUCAAUAAAUAGUAAACAUAUAUGACUGUGAACAGAAACUUGAGGAUUUGUCCUAUGGUUUGUAUAAAACUAAAUAUUACAAUCCUACCCACUAGAAAAAAACACACUAAACUUAUUGCGGUAAAAAAGCAGUGUGUUGGAAUUACUCUGAAAUCAAAGAAAAGAUGAAGUAAGCAGAGGGUUUGCUUUAAAAAAAAUCAUUCCUUAAGUGUCAGCCUCAGAAGGUGAAAGCAGAAAAAUGGCAGCAUUAUAACUGACAAGUGAGUCAGGAAGUCUUUUUCUUAUUGUGGAUGUAUUUUCCAUUGUGUCAAGAGGGACCAUAUCAUUUUAUUUACCAAAUAAUCUUGUUCUCUCUCUCUCUGGUACGGAGUAGAAUGUUUAGUAACCAAUGGUUACUAACCAUUAUCAAAGUUUAUUCCUAAAUGGCUUUCAGACCUAUAAACAACGACCAUUCUUGGGAAAUACCAGUGUUUUGAUCAGGUUGUUUUUAACAAAUUGUUUAUGCAGACCGUACUUUCUGGAUGUGGAGAUCAAACUAUUUGAAUCCCAGCACUCUUGUUUAAAGUUUGUGUUUAUUCCUCCACCCAAUGAUUUGUUGUUUAAAUCUUAGUUAAGGCCUCACAGUUUUAACACAGUAUGAACUCAGCUAAUCUGUCUUGUAUUUUAUUUGAUUGUGAUUUGCAUAUUUACAAGUGAAUAUUACGCAUUCUUCUGAUACCCACAGUCAGUAAGAACAGAGAAGGUAUAAUCAAAAUGUUAUACGAAUAUGAGUUUUUCAUGUAUCUUCUGUUUAUUAAAUGGCACAAUGAUCUGUUUCGCCAAAUUGA